AUGGAAGACAGAUCACAAGAAUCACGAUCGGCCAUUUCAAACAUCGAAGCUGCCAAGACCAGCACCGUCACGAAAUCGAACCCUGUCUGCGACGGGGGGGAUGACGAGGCCCAGUCACCACACAACACAGUCGGCAUCCACUCCAACAUCUCCGGACACAUCGUCAGAACACUCAACGACACCUCCCAGAACACCGUCCCAGACCCGGCCAGCGACCCGAAUUCGGCUAGGCUCUACCUCCCCACCGCUCGAUAUUCCGUCCGCAUACCACUUCUCUGCGUCGGCGCGGCCGGCUGGGGGAGCACGUCCCGGGAGAACACUGAUGAGGAGAAGGCCGAGCUCGACUCCCUCCGCCCGGCGCUGGCCGCGGUGCAGAAAGCCACCGGCGGCCUCUGCUUCAUCGACGCACACCCCGGACGAAGCGAGGACAUCGCGGGCAAGCUCAUCGCGAGCCUACCCUCUCGUGAAAGCUUCGUCAUCCAGGCCCGCUUCAGUCCCAACGGCGGCGGUGGCGGCGGCGAGGACACGGCCGAAAAUACCCCGCGCGACGACCGGCGCGGCGCGUCCACAGACCCCGUCCUGAGCCUCAAAGACAGCCUCGCGCGCCUCGGCGGCCUCGAGUACGUCGACAUCUACCUGCUCCAGAUCCAAAAAGAAGUCGGCGACGCAGCAGUAGCGACGGACAAAGCCAUAAAGCAGAUGGCAGAGUGCGUCGAGCAAGGGCUCGCGCGCGUCGUCGGCAUAGCCGGGCCCGCGGACUGCCUCGGCGCCGACGCCGUGCGCCACCUCGACAACGAGCUGGCCAAGUACAACAUCCCGCUCGCGGCGGCCGUGCCCGAGUGGAACCCCGCGCGGCCCGAUGCCGUGGCCGGCGACCUCGUCGCCGCGUGCCGCGAGGUCGGCGCCGUGCUGCAGGCCGGGACCAUGGUCAGCGGCGGGCCGCGCGUCGCCCUCACGGGCGGGGACGUCCGGUCCGUGAGCGGGCUGCUCGGCAAGGCGGCUGAGGUCGCGGGCAGGCGCGCCGACGGCGAGGGCAAGGGCGCGAGGAGCGCCAUGGCGACCGCGCUCAACUACGUGCUCUGCAAGGGCGCGGUGCCGACGCUGGAAUUCGCGGACGAGGCAGGGGCGAGGGAUCUCAUCCGGGCGCUGGGGUGGAAAUUGGAUGAUGAGGAGGUGCGGGAGAUUGACGAGGUGUAUGCGUGA